GUGGGCUCGCUCUUCUCUGCCUCUGCAAUUCUAUAAAAAAAACAAUCAAGAAAUCAAAGGCAGCAUCAAAGAGCAGAGCUAGCUUGGGAAUUUGGCGUCAUGGGACGAGUAGAUCAACAAGAUGAACAAGCCAGAAAAAGAAUAAGGUUGAAGGGCCCUGCAGAUGAUGAAUCCGAUCCUUAUGGGGCAUUCAUUGACGCACUAGACACCAAUAAUCAGGGAGCAGCAGCAGCAUCAUCCCGAUCUUCGAGCACCAGGCAUCGUUAUCAAACCAGAUCUGCAGGUUUAAUAUCCCCCUUGUCAACAAACUCUUCCUCAUCCUCUGCUUUGACCCAAUCAUCGUUACCUCCUCCAUCAUUAUCCAAAAGACUUGAUUUUGACACCUCCCCUUCUUCAACAAACUUGGGAGGGCGGAGCGUUUCCUCCAUUAAAGAGUUGCAGAAUCUUUUCAGAGCUGCUAUCGCAUCAGGUCGUUUCAAGAAAAGAUGUAGAGGAUGUGGCAAUGAUGUUCAACAUUGUUGUGGGCGAACCAUACUCGAAGAAAUUUCCUCUAUCCCUCCAUCUCCAUAAUAAUAUGUAUUAGAAGAUUUUUCUUGACCCACCUUAGUGUAAUUUUGUGUUGUAGUUUGUAUCUUUUCUGUAUUAGAGAUGUUCCUUCAGCUCCCUUACAAUGCUUGAUUAUCCAAUAUAAUUCUACAUUAGUAGUUGAUUAUUA